AUGACUUCCUGCAGCCGCCAGUUCUCCUCCAGCUCCAUGAAAGGCUCCUGUGGCAUCGGUGGUGGCUCCUGUGGCAUUGGCGGUGGCUCCAGCCGGAUGUCCUCUGUCCUGGCAGGAGGCUCCUGCCGGGCUCCCAGUGCUUUUGGGGGCCUGUCUAUGUCCUCCUCCCGCUUCUCCUCAGGGGGUGCCUGUGGCAUGGGGGGUGGCUUCAGUAGCAGCAGCUUUGGGGGUACAGGAUUUGGUGGAGGUUUCGGAGGAAGCUUUGGCGGGGGCUUUGGUGGAGGCUUUGGUGGGGCCCUGGGUGGUGGCGAUGGCUUGCUCUCCGGGAACGAGAAGGUGACCAUGCAAAACCUCAACGACCGACUGGCCUCCUACCUGGACAAGGUGCAUGCCCUGGAAGAGGCCAACACCGAGCUGGAGGUGAAGAUCCGUGACUGGUACCAGAGGCAGCGCCCUUCUGAGACUAAGGACUAUAGCCCCUACUUCCGGACCAUCGAGGAGCUGCGCAACAAGAUCAUUGCUGCCACCAUCGACAAUGCUCAGCCCAUUCUGCAGAUUGACAAUGCCAGGCUGGCAGCUGAUGACUUCAGGACCAAGUACGAGCAUGAGCUGGUCCUCCGCCAGAGUGUGGAGGCCGACGUCAACGGCCUGCGCAAGGUGCUGGAUGAGCUGACCCUGGCCAGAACCGACUUGGAGAUGCAGAUCGAGGGCCUGAAGGAGGAACUGGCCUACUUGAAGAAGAACCAUGAAGAGGAGAUGCAUGCCCUGCGUGGUCAGACUGGCGGGGACGUCAGCGUGGAGAUGGACGCCGCUCCCGGCGUGGACCUGAGCCGCAUCCUGAACGAGAUGCGUGACCAAUAUGAGCAGAUGGCCGAGAAGAACCGCAGAGAUGCUGAGGCCUGGUUCCUGAGCAAGACCGAGGAGCUCAACAAGGAAGUGGCCUCCAACAGUCAGAUGGUGCAGAGCAGCCGCAGCGAGAUCUCUGAGCUUCGCCGGGUGCUUCAAGGCCUGGAGAUCGAGCUGCAAUCCCAGCUCAGCAUGAAAGCCUCCCUGGAGAGCAGCCUGGAUGAGACCAAGGGUCGCUACUGCAUGCAGCUGUCCCAGAUCCAGGGGCUUAUCAGCAGCGUGGAGGAGCAGCUGGCUCAGUUGCGCUGCGAGAUGGAACAGCAGAGCCAGGAGUACCAGAUUCUGCUGGACGUGAAGACACGGCUGGAGCAGGAGAUCGCCACCUACCGGCGCCUGCUGGAGGGCGAGGAUGCCCACCUCUCUUCUUCCCAGCACUCGUCUGGCUCUGGCCAUUUCUCUUCAUCCCGAGACGCUUUCACAUCCUCUUCCUCCUCCUCUUCCACUGGCCGCCAGACCCGGCCCAUCCUCAAGGAUCAGAGUUCAUCCAGUUUCGGCCAGAGCUCCAAGCACUGA